GCGGGGGCGCCUGGGAGACCCCGCGCCGGGCGCCGCUGAGGCCUCACGUUGUCAUGGAUGAUGAAGACGGCCGGUGCCUGUUAGAUGUCAUCUGCGAUCCGCAGGCCCUGAACGAUUUCCUCCAUGGAUCCGAGAAGAUUGACAGCGAUGAUCUCCUGGACAACUCCGGCGACGCCGCCAGCGCCUUCUUCGAGGGGGCCGGGCUCCAUGGCCAGGAGGCCUCGGGGAACCCUCUGAGCUCGGAGCCCAGCCAGCCCCCGGCCAGCGUUGACCUGGACUUCCUGGAGGAUGACAUCCUGGGCUCCCCGGGCGGCGCCGGCGCGGGCGCCGAGCAGCCGUGCGACAUCCUGCAGCAGAGCCUGCAGGAGGCCAACAUCACCGAGCAGACCCUGGAGGCCGAGGCCGAGCUGGACCUCGGCUCCUUCCAGCUGCCGGCGCUGCAGCCGGUGGUGCAGGCGGCCGACGGGACCCCCCAGAUCUUCUCGGGCGGCGCCGACCUGCUGGGGCUGCAGCCGCCGGCCGUGCUGGCGCCGCAGGCGUUGGUGCAACCUCCCGACGUGGUCAACAAGGCCAUCAGCGUGCAGCCCUUCCUGCAGCAGGUGGGGCUGGGCAACGUCACCAUCCAGCCCCUGCCCAACCUGCCCGGUUUGCCCAACGGCAGCCCCGGCGGCGCGCUGGGGCUGGGCCCCAUCCAGGUGGUCGGCCAGCAGGUGAUGGCCAUCAACCAACCGGCGGCGCCGCAGCUCCUGGCCAAACCGGCGCCGGUGGCGGCCGUGGGCGGUUACAUCGCCCAGCCCGAGGCGGCGGCGGCGGCGCAAGGAGCGGGCUUGGUGAUCCAGAAGAGCCUCCCGGCCGUGGCCACCACCACGCUCAACGGCAGCUCGGUGUUCGGCGGCGUCUCGGCGGCGUCGGCGCAGCCGCUCACCGUCACCUCGGGCUUGGGCGGUUCCUUGGUGCCGGCGCCCAACGUCAUCAUCCACCGCACGCCCACGCCCAUCCAGCCCAAGCCCGCCGGCGUGCUGCAGCAGAAGCUCUACCAGAUCACGCCCAAACCCUUCGCUCCUGGCGGGAUUGGCGCUGCCAGCGCGGCGCCGGCAAAGACGCAGCAGAACCUCACCUUCAUGGCGGGCAAAGCCGCGCCCAACGUGGUGCUCCAAGGCUUCCCCCCCAACGUCUUCAAGCCGCCGCCGCCUCAGCCGCCGGCGUUGGGCAAAUCCAUGAGCGUCCACGUGCUCAACCAGGGCGGCUCCAUCGUCAUCCCGGCGCAGCCCUUCCAAGGGCAGAACCAAUUCCUGCUGCCGGGCCAGCUGGCCGGCGCCUCGGCCGUGCCGCUGCCGCAGCCGCUCUCGGCGCUGCCGGUCAACGUCGGCGGCCAGCUCUUACCGGGAGAAACGGCCAAGCUCACAUCAUCGCCCGGCCAAAGCGCCGGCGCCGGCCAACUCUUAGCCAACCCGCCUUGCGGCGCGCAGCUGCUCAACAAAAACUUGGCCGGGCAGCUGAACCUGGGCCCGGUGUUGGCGUCGCCGGCGCUGGCGGGCACGGCGCACAUCCUGUCGGCGGCGCCCAUCCAGCUGCAGCCGGGCCAGCCGGCGCCGGCGCUGUUCCAGAUGCCGGUGUCGCUGGCCGGGACCUUGCCCAGCCCCGGCUCGGCGGCGCCGGCGCCCACGGUGAUCCAAGGCGUGACCUUGGCCAGCCCCGUGGCCAUGCUCAACGCCGGGCGACGGUUUGGGCGCCGCCGUCAACAUCAGCGGCCGCCCGGCAGCCCCGCGCGCCGAGGCCCGGGCCGGUGCCGGUUCUGCCGCCGCGCAGCCCCCGGGCGACGCCGGCGCCGGUGCCGGCCCAGCCCAGCCCCGCCCAAGCUCUCGGGCGGCUCCCCGGGGGACGCUCCGGCCGCUCUCGCGUCCCCGCUGCCCCCGCAGCCGCCGCUGGCCCGGCCGCCCUCGCAGCCGCGGCCGCCCUCGGAGCCGCCGCCGCCGGCGCUUUUCGCGGCGCCCUUCGCGGAGCCGCCCGAGCCGGGCCCGCCCUUCCCGCCCAAGGGCGCGGCCGCCCCCGCGCUGCUGCCCCCGGAGCCCCCGCGCGGCUUCGCGCUCGUCCCGGCGGCGGCGGCGGCGGCGGCGGCGUUCGGGGCCCCGGCCAAGGGCGGAGCUGAGCGCUUCCAGCAGGUGCCCCAGGGGCUGCUGCUGCAGCCGAAGCCGCCCCCGUCCAGCCCGGCCCCGUUCCCGGCUCCGGCCGCUCCCGUCCUGGUGCCGGCGGCUCCGGCAACGCCCGGCCCGGCCUCAGGCCCCGCCGCCCUCUCAGGCCCCUGGCCCCCCUGGCCCCGGCCCCCCGCCCCCCGGGAAAGCGGCCCGCCCCCCCCCAGCGGCCCCUGCCCCUCCCCGCAGCCCGCCCAGCUGGAGCCGAAGGUGGCGCUGAAGAAGCCGCUGGUGCUGCAGCCCAGUAAGGAGGCCUGCCUCCUGGAGCAGCUGCACAAGCACCAGGGCGCCGUCCUGCAGCCCGAGCUGCGCUCGCCCUUCCGCUCGCUGGGCGACGCGCUGAGGCGCCUCCUGCCCUACCACGUGUACCAGGGCGUGCUGCCGGGGGAGAGCGAGUGCCAGAGAGUGGACGAGGAGUUCGAGGCGGUGUCGGAGCAGCUCCUGCGCCGCACCCGGGCCAUGCUCAACAAGUACCGGCUGCUGCUGCUCGAGGAGUCCCGGCGCUCGAGCCCCUCGGCGGAGAUGGUGAUGAUCGAUCGCAUCUUCAUCCAGGAGGAGAAAACGGCGCUGGCGCUCGACCGGCAGCUGGCCCGGGACAGGCCCGACGAAUACGUCUCCUCCUCAUCCUCAUCCUCAUCCUCAUCCUCGUCUUCCUCCCCCCACCCCUUCCCCCCUUCCUCCUCCUCCUCCUCCUCCUCCGCCCCUCCCCCAACCCUCCCCGGCCCCUCCCCGCCCGCCCCUCCCCCCCCGGCCCCCCCCAAGCUGCUGAUCAAGCACGGGGGGGGCUCCCCCAGCGUCACGUGGUUGGGGGAACCCCGGGAUUCCCCCGCCCCGAGGGGGGGGGGAGGGGGCGGCGAGGAGGAGGCGCUGCCCUCGCGGAGCCGCCCCCCGAUGAUGAAGACGUACGAGGCGCGGAGCCGCAUCGGCCUCAAGCUGAAGAUCAAGCAGGAGGCCGGGCUGAGCAAGGUGAUCCACAACACGGCGCUGGAUCCGCCCGGGAUCCCCCACGCCGGGAUCCACCACCCACAGCAGCCGGGCAUGGGACAGCAGCAGCUCAACGGAUCCCUGGAGAAAAAAUCCCCGAUCCCGGCGGGAAACACCGGGGGGAACAGCGGCGGCGGAACCGCGCCGUGCCGGCUGCCGCUGAGGAAAACCUACCGGGAGAUCAACCGGGACGUCAGCCGGGAGCACCACCGGGACAUCAACCGGGAGCACCACCGGGAAAUCAACCGGGAGCACCACCGGGAGAUGAACCGGGAGCACCACCGGGAGAUGAACCGGGAGCACCGGGAGAUCCGAGACAACCGGGAGCACCGGGAGAUGAACCGGGAUCUGCUGCGGGAGCUCCCCCCCGAGCCCCGGGAGCCUCCGCGCUCCGAGCGCCGCCCGGUGAUCACGGCCCUGCGCCGGGAGCCCGGCUCCGCCGCCCGCGUCGUCCGUGCCGGGAAAGGCCCCCCCGAGGAGCCGUCGGACGGGGAGGAUGAGGAGGAGGAGGAGGAGGAGGACGAGGACGAGGAGGAGGACGAGGAGGAGGAGGAAGGCUGCGGGACGUGGGGCGGGAAGCGGCGGCGGGCGGAGGCCGAGGUGGACAAGGCGUCGUUCAGCAGCGACAGCCCCCAGGACGAUUCGCUGAGCGAGCACCUGCAGAGCGCCAUCGACAGCAUCCUCAACCUGCAGCAGCGCCGGGAACGCCGCGCCGGGAACGGCCGCGCCGGGAUCGGCCCCGCCGGGAUCAGCCCCGCCCGGAGCCGCCGCGACCCCGCCCUUCCCGGGACCCCUCGUGCCCCCCCCCAGCCACAACGGCGGCCUCGGAGCCGCCCGGACGUGCACCAGAUGACGGCGGGGGGGCAAAGGACACCGGGAUGGGGACACCGGGAUAACGGGAGCGCACCGGGAUCUCACCGGGAUCUCACCGGGAUCUGAUCGGGAGACUGGGAUCAGGCCACCGGGAUCUGACCGGGAUCAGGAGCUGACCGGGACACCGGGACCGGGAUCAGACCAGGAAUGGGACACCGGGAAUGGGAUUCCGGGAUCCAGAAUGGAACAGGACACCGGGAGCUGACCGGGGCACCGGGAACAGAACAGGACGCCGGGAUUGGAAUGGGACUGGGAUACCGGGAACGGGAUCAGGAGACCCAGAUCCAGCCGGGACACCAGGAACGGAACGAGAUCGAGACACCGGGAUCAGACCAGGAUCCAGCUGGGAUCCAACCGGGACGCCGGGAACAGACUGGGAUUGGGACAGCGGGAAUGGACCGGGAUUGGGAACGGGAAUGGGAAUGG